AUGCCUCUAGUCAGUCUUGCAGAUCUUGCGUACGCCGGUAGAGAUGCCUAUGCCUGUUUUCAAGAUGACGAAGAUGUUGACACGCUCAGUCAGGCGAUUGGAUUCCUUCGAAUCGUCAACAAUCAUAUUCAAUUACCAUUUGUACUCGCUGACCUGGGCUUGUACUUACAUGACAGAUAUGGACUAGCUGGGAAUUCAUCUGAUCUUGAUGAGGCUAUCAUUUUCGAGAGUGAAUCUCUCGCUCGCAUUGACCCUGAUCACUCCGAUCGGGCACGGAUUCUCAACAACCUGGGCCAAUUCUAUAGCUCACGGUUCGAGUCAACCUCAAUCCCAAGUGAUCUACAGGAAGCCAUCGACCAGGCCCAUCUCGCCGUGAUGGAGGCAGUCAAGCAUGAGGACGAGAUGGCACCUGAGUACUUGGACAAUCUUCUGGAACUUGUUGCCACGCAGACAAGCCAUUAUGCUAGUGAGAAUGAUUCAACUAAAACUUUCGACAAGAUCGAAGAACUCUUGGAGAUUGGACGAAACAUAACAAAGGCCAGACACUACGAUCAGAUUGCAAAUCUCUACUAUAUCAAGUCCGAAUUCACAUCUCAGCUAUCCGAAUUACUCAAGGCCAUCUCGCAUGCUGAGAGUGCACUAGAUGCAACUAAAGACCCAAGCUACCGGGCUAUUAGACUGACAAACCUUGCCAACUAUCAGCUUACAUUGUACGAGAGAGGCUUUCAAGGAGAUAUCCUACAAGAUGCCAUCCACAAUACGAGAGAGGCGGUCGAGCUCGCUAGUCACGGCAUAGACAAUGCCUUGGUCGAAAGGAUGGCACUUGCAAGCGCGCUUCACCACAAUUACGAUUGGAGCGGUCAUCCGGAUGAUCUCAAUGAGGCGAUUAAGAUAGGUCUACAAGUCGUCAAUGCAACUGAACCUGAAGGUACAGGCUGGGUGGACAGAAUGCAGAACUUUGCAAUCUUUGUCAGAACGGGAUUCAAGGCUGACGGUGCCAUUGAUAAUCUGACUGUUGCCAUCGACCUGCUUCAGCAGGCAAUGAAUAACGAAAGCCUUCCCAUCGAAACUCGACGCGAUUCUGCGGCGAUAGCGUUGGACUUGCUAGCCGACAAAUACCAGUCUACUAGAUCAGACCAGGACUUUGGCCUUGCACUAAAUGCUUAUAACACUUCAAUGGUUCCACAGUCCGAGGAAUGUGCUGCCCCUGAGAUGAUUUGGAAGCGACAAUCGCGCGCAACAGGAACAAUCUCCACACUCUUUAGGAAGAGAUUCGAAUUUUCAAAGGAUCCCCAAGAUAUUGGUACUUCUGUUAUUUUGGCACGGAAAUUCCUCCCAGUUGCGGAUUCUCUGAAUGAUGAUGGUUGUGCAAGUGCCUUGGCACUUGCCCUAUGGACCAACUUCCGAGCCCGUGGCGGGAUGGAGAAGCUUGAUGAAGCCGUCGACUUGGCAACGAGGAUUGCGCAACACCGAUCGCCUGGAGGUGCAGAUUCCGUUGGUGGGCUGUCAAACUUGAGCGGGAUCUGUCAAACGAGAUACGAUGCCACAGGUAAUGAGGCGGAUCUGCAGACGUGUCUCGACUCAGCCCUCAAGGCAUUGAGUGCCAUGAUGCCAAAUACCAAUGUAACCCUUCGAAUUGCAUUGUUGCUAUCGGCAAGUUCGGCAUAUAUAUCCAAGGCAGAGAGGUAUGGAGAUCUGGAGAAUGUACAGCUCGCUGUCAGAUACGCAUCAGAGGCGAAGGACUUGGCUGAGGAUAGAAUGUUGGACGUGGAUGUCUCGGCGUCACUGGACUUGUCCUUGUCCCAGGCUCUUGCUCUCCGCUACCAUCGCCUCCAAGCUCUUGAAGAUCUUGCCGAGGCCGUGGAGACUCUCCAGCAUGCCAGAGUCACAGCUUCAGAGCAUCUUCUAUUUCCGACUGUGCUGAAUAAUCUAGGUGAGACACUGAGACUCCAAUUUUCGAGAACGAGAAAUGCAGAGUGUCUCAUCGAUGCUAUUGGUGCCCUGGAAGAGGCCCUUUUAAUGGCAUCAGCCAAAGACCCGGCAAAGGCAAUGUAUCAAAGCAACAUCUCACUGAGCCUGUACGAUCUCUUCGAAGUCACCAAGGAAUCCGAGACACUGGAUAGCUCUAUAGAGUCUAGUGAGAUUGCUAUCCAAGAGACAAACAUAGGGAAUACACAGCUUCCGGAGAGGCUAAAUGUCAAUGGGAGCUUGUAUGCCGCUAGGUUUGAGCUCAGCAACGAGGAUUCGGACAUGACCAAAGCGAUCAGCCAGACACAGGCUGCCAUAGACACAUCGCCAACCGAUAACCCCCAAUGCGCAAAUUAUUACAACAAUCUGGGGGGAUAUCUGAUGAGGCGCAGCUUGGCCCGAGAGGCCAAGGACAAGGAGACCUCUCAAAGAUCAAAAGAAGAUAUGGAAGCCUCACAUGAAGCCUACAAGCAUCUGCUUCAUAUGUCCGGCGCCACUCCCCUACAGAGGGUCCUAGCAGGCUACAGCGCCUCGUCGAUAGCAUUCAACCACGGAGAUUUGAAAGGCGCACAGGAAAUGAUGCACAAGGCAAUCGAGAUGCUUCCCAAGAUAAGCCCACUUGCACUUGACCGCUCAGACCAGGAAUACGCUUUGAGUGGUAUAUCAGGACUUUCAUCUUAUGCUACGUCCAUUGCCCUGGAGGCUGGUUGUGACGCUUCGCAUGUUCUUCAGUUGCAAGAGGCUGGAUGUGGAAUAAUCGCGAGUCUUACCAUCUCAGCUCGUAACGACGUCAGCGAUCUGGAGGCCCAGGCUCCUGAAAUUUCAGCUGAAUAUAAGAAAUGCAGAGACUUGCUUUCAUCACAAGCCCCGGUGUCAUCACUAAUUAGUGAAAGGGCAGAUUCUAGGGGACCUCACGGAAUGGAUAGAUAUGAGCUGAACAAAACACUGGACAAGCUAGAAGAAAAGAUUCGACGAGAAGUUCCAGGCUUCGCCAACUUUCAACAACCUCCAUCGACUGAAGACUUGAAGAAAUUGGCAAGCAAAGGGCCUGUUGUAUCCUUCAACGUCAGCCACAUCAGAAGUGAUGCAUUCAUCAUCAGUCAGACGGACAUCAUAUCUAUCCCACUGCCUGAUCUGAAGGAGGAAGAUCUCACAAACAACGCAAAGCUGUUUUUGGAGGAACCUAUGAUCACGAAAGGUAGCCUAAGGACAAAGAAUACGAGAAACACAUCACUGUUGGGUGUUCUGAAAUGGUUAUGGAAUGUGGCAGUGAAUCCCGUCCUAGAAGCACUGGGAAUUCAUCAGUCGCCGGCAGAUAAGAAGCUACCCCGAAUCUGGUGGACUGCGAGUGGCCUGAUGGCGCUGAUGCCUAUCCACGCCGCUGGAGAUCACACUUCAGAAGCCGCCCCGAACAUAUUUAAUUUCGUCAUUCCGUCCUAUACCACGACACUGAGAGCCCUCGUCUAUGCCCGCGAGAAUAAAUGGAGACCACUCCGAGGCACAGAUUGUGAAUUUGCCUUUAUCGCCUCACCAAACAACGCUAGAUCAAAAGCUCCUUUGACAGUGGAGGAAUCUGCUCGCGAGCUCGAUGAUGCUGUACGACAGCACUGUAGAACGAAGGUGCUCGUGGGACCUACAAAACCUGAGACCCUUGGUAUUCUUGAAUCGUGCAACGCGGUGUACUUCGGAUGCCACGGUGAAUCAACGUCAACCCAACCCUGUAAGAGCUAUCUCCAACUCGGCACCGAUGCUGAAUCGCACUUGACCAUCCAAGAGAUUCAAGGCUCGCGGCAUCAGAAAGCGCAGCUUGCGUACCUGUCUGCAUGCUCCACUGCAAACGUGUCAGCUAGGGAUCUUGUUGAUGAAGUAGUCCAUAUCGCUGGAGCCUUUUCGUUGCUGGGGUUUCGGCAGGUCGUUGGCACGUUCUGGCAGGCUAAGAACACGGCGGCUAGGGUGGUAGCUAAGCGGUUUUAUGAGGAGCUGAUGCUUGGGGACGGUAGCGAUGAGGAUUGUGUUGCGAGGGCUUAUUAUACGGCGGUUAUGGAGCUGAGGGGAAGUAAUGUUCGGGAUCCGUUGGUUUGGGCUACUUUCGCUCACUUCGGGGCCUGA